CCGCCCUGCCCGCUCGCACCGCGGUGCCGGCGGUGCUGCCCCCUGCGGGCCGGCGGCGGCGCUGCGGGGGCGCUGAGGGCGGAGGUUUGCGCGGCCCGCGGAGGGGCCGCACCGCCCGCACCGCCCGCAGCGCAGCGCCCGGCUCGGCCUCGGGACACGGGCAGCGAGCGAGCGAGGGAAGGAGAAAGCGAGGCCUCUGGAGAGGCGGCAGCACUGAUGCGUGGGUGGGCUGGAUGCCCAAGACAAGGAGAUUUUUUUUUUUCUUGAUGGUUUUUUUUGUCUCGUGGACGCCAUCAGGCCGCUUUGGACUCGUCUGGACUAAGGCUGUUGUCCAGGUUUGUCGUCUUGGUCAUCUUCCCGAAGAAAAGGAGCUCUCGGUGCUGCAAGUUGAUUGACUAAAAUUAAGAACAUGGAAUAUAAUACAGAUGCAGUUGCUUGAACAUGUUUCUUCCAAAGCAUAUAUUCUGCAGAUUGGCAGCCUGAAUGAUUGAUUGAUUGAUAAGCAGCAUAUACAAGACUAAUACCGAGAAAAAAUUUUAUCUGUUGCUGCUGUGUUUGAUGAAACUGGUGCAGAGUCACGUCUUCUGAAAUGCAGUUGAAAAAAAUGAGGGAACUAUUACCAAGAUUGUACCCUGGCCAAGUUAAUGAUAGGAAUAAUUCCCUAACUACACCCCGAAAGCAAUCUUCUGAGGAUAAAACAAAUCCAUCAAAUGGGGAGGAUGACCAAAACUGUUGUUACCAAGGAACUGAGGCUGAGAACAAUAAAUUGUCACUGAUAAGCUGUCUAAAAUGCAGAAGUGUUCAGAAAAUUUCAGUGCAAGAUAUAGAGAAGCAUAAGAAGAUUGGGUGGACUGAAGAAAAAAAUUUCAUCUGCAAGAAGUGUAGUCAUAUUACACCACCAGCUUUCCAUUUUGUUCCCACAGGUGCCAAUGCUGCAGACUUUAAAGAACGUGAAAGGAAAACCCCAAGUAAACCCCAGAAAACAUUUAAAGUAAAAAAUUUUCUGCCAGGUAAAUACUACUGUGAUAAAUGUAGAUUUUCAACAAAGGAUCCUUUACAGUAUAAGAAACACGUAGGGCAACAUGAAGAAAUUAAGUUUCUUUGUUCCCACUGUAGUUAUGUAUCCUACACCAAAGGAGAAUUCCAGAGACAUUUGGUGAAACACACUGGAACUUUCCCAUAUCAGUGUGAAUACUGUGAAUAUGGUGCUGUUAGACAUGACUAUAUAGUGAAACAUACGAGAAGAGUACAUGAAACACCCACAAAACGGCUGUCAAAUACUCUCAUAAAACACAAGCAAAAGAAGCCGAGUCAAAGCACUUUAUGUAAAAAGCAGAAAUACAAUAAAAUUCCUUUUCAGAAUGAAUUUUCGAAUUUGUCUUCAAAUAUGGUUUGUGAGAUUCCAGGUAAAGCAACUAAAACAGUCUGUUCAUCUCAUAAUGUAGAAUGUAGUGUGAAUGCAGCGUCACUCCGGGACAAAACAGUGUUGGAGCCAUCUGAAAUGAGUGUAUGUGAGAAUCAAAGUGUGGAGGUUGAGGUUUAUUCUCCAAAAACAGAGCCUUUACAGCCUGGGAUGCCUUUAACAGUAAUUGCGCCGUCUGAACUUGUAGUUCCUUCUAACUGUUUAGCUCAGAUAGUAGAGAUUAAAAUAGUGAAUGGAGCACAACAGCUGGUUCUUAAACUAAUUCCUAUGAAAGACGCAACUUACAAACCUGUGAACUGUGCUGAAGUGGAACUUGAGAGUCAAGGUAUAGAACGAUCUACAGAAGGAAAAAAACCAUCAUCUGUGUCUCAAAAUGACUUACUAACCAUGGAAGUGAAUGUAGACAAAUCAUCCAGUGUCAGUAACCAGCUUAAUUUGGAUAGUACGUAUGACAAGAAUUCUGAAUGUCUUUGUGCUUCUGAUUCUCAACUCUCAACCUGUAGCUCUGUAUCUAUACAGAGAGAAGAUGCAUCAAAAUUAUGCUUUCAUUUGGUGAAAGGUGUUGAUGUCCAUUCAGGUGUUAUAAAACUUUGUUCUCCUUCUCUGGUAAUGAACAGUACUGAAAAAAAAAGUGAUCUUAAGUCCUCAAGGUGGGAAGUAGAUGGAAAAAGUAAUUUCCACUGUGAUUUGUAUCAUUAUGAAGAAGCUGAGGAUAUACACCUGCAAAAAUAUGCUUCUAUUUCUGAAGAUAAAGGUUCCAAGAACAUUUCAUUAGAGGCUGCUAAGGAGAGCAGAAAUUAUUCUGCAGUCCUAAAAGAAAAGUAUUCAUUGCCUGUGAAAAGGGAUGACAAAGAAUGUAAGAGUCUGCCAGUCAGCUCUACAGAAGCACAUUUAGCUGGUAUGGGUUUUGAUAAAAAAUGUGUUACAUCUUCUGAGGCAGGAAAAAAAUUUCACAUCACUAAAGCUCCACCUUUUGAGGAUAUAACUUUUGGCUUUAGCAAAGUAAAGAGAGCUGAAACCAUAAGUCAAAAGAACAGUUGUCUUCUGGAAUCACUAGAACUACAGAAGAUGAAAAAUAAAGGCAGUACUUCUGAAGGACCUGUUAUUUCAUCUGUAUUUUCCCUUAGCUCUGGGGCUGAAAACGUUCCAGAGGAUGUCAGAUGGGUUGACAAAACACGCAGUAAGAAGUCAGCAACAUUGCUGUGUAGAAAGAUUGCUCAGCUCAUGUCUGAAUCUAACGUGAAAUCCCUGCCUUUGAGAUGUCAGACUUCUCGUAAGAAGGUGCUUUUGCCUCAAGAAAGUUCAGCAAGUUGUGAGAGAGUUGUAUGUGCCACUGAAGUGGAACAACCUGUAACUCAAGAGCAUGGUGGAAACAGUGUGAUUAGUAGCAAAGAACACAGUGAAGAUCGGCUAUUCACAUUUGCAAGAACAUCUAAAAACAGGGUGACUAAAAAUUCCCAUGUUGCUACUCCCGUAUUUAUCCCCAAAGGGACAAUGCUGAGAGUGCUGAAUGCUACUAGCAGUCAAAACUCAGCUGGAAUAGAAAACAGUGGUGAAACAUCAGCUCCUUCUGUGUAUUGCAAUGAAAUGUUUCUGCCUCGCCCGGUCCCUGUCAGUGUUUCUGAGACACUUAGUGAUAAUUUGCCAUGUUUGCCUAAUCAGAGUGAACCAAAUGCCGAGUCCCGAAGUAUAUCGCUCAGACAAAGACCAAAGCGAGAGGCAAGUGUUAAAAAUAGUAGCAAACAAACUGGGGUACCAUUUCAGAAAAGCAGUGAUAUGAGCAAGCCAAGCAAGCCCUAUUCAAAAAGUCAAUUAAGUCUCAAAAAUAAGGCAAAACAAGCAAGCUUCAGAGAACUUCCUAAGAGGAAAACAAGAACUCAGUUGGAAACCACUUCAAGUUCUGACAUGUCGUACCUGUUGACAGCACGACGUCUUCGGCUUGUCCCUCUGAAAAUGAAUCAGUUGAUAAAAUGCCCUCGUCGUAACCAGCCAGUUGUGGUACUAAACCAUCCUGAUGUUGAUUCACCAGAGAUAAUUAAUGUCAUGAAGACUAUCAACAAGUAUAAAGGUCAAGUCCUGAAAGUAGUUCUGUCAGAAAGGACAAGUAGUUGUCUUGGUGUCAAACGUUAUCGAAAGCGUCUUACUCUUCAGAAUGUUGAGAUAGGAAACCAAACAAAAAAGCAGAGUAUGCUAAAAAUGAAGCUGAAAAAGACCCAUAAAAACAACUACCAGGUGGUGGAAACCUCACCACCUGAAACACUUCGGUGUCUGUUUAAGUGUUGGUUUUGUGGAAGAGUAUAUAUGGACCAAGAAGAAUGGAUAAGUCAUGGACAAAGGCACUUAAUAGAGGCAACCAAGGGUUGGGAUGUUCUUUCUCUUCAAGCAAAAAACCAUUAAGUGAGAGACUAGCGGAGGUUUCCCCUCUUGUUUUUAAUGAGUGCCACUAACAUGCUCGGGAUGGAGGAUUGGAAUAACUGCUUUAUUUUGCCAAAAGAUCUCUGCUGUUAGCAAAGUGGAAGAAGAGAGCAGAAUUAGAGAGAGAGAGAGAGAGAGAGAGAGAGAAGCCGAUAGCAAGGAUUAAGUACUGCUUUGCACUCUCAUGCUUGAAAUUUGUAUUGGAGUUCAAUUUCAUCUGUUCCACGGGAGAAAUGUGAAAAAGAUUUGCUAUGCAAACAUCUUUCUACUUACCCUAGGAUACUGUGCUGUAACUGGUUUGUGCUAGGUCUCUGUGGAUUAAAGUCUUAGAUGGUGAGAUCUUUGUAAAUUUCCCAAAUCUUUGUUCGCGAAACCUAGCCAUGAUAAUAGGAUUUAGUUUGCUUUAUUACAGCAUGGUGUGUCAGAGAUCGAGCACAUGUAUACUGAAAAGCACCUUUGGUCCUCCGUGGACAGCAAGUGUAUAUCAUAGGUUUUAGUGGCAAACUAAGCACUAUCCAUAAAAAGUAAAAGUUAAAUGCAAGUGCUCUGUUUCAGUGGAGUAAAAACACUUCUGCUGACUUCAGAGGAGAUACAAGGGUGUAAGUGAAAAAUCUGUGGAAUCAGUUACUCCCCACUAGGUCAGAUAGCACUAAUAAGUUUAAUUUUGUUUAGUACUUAGACUUUACUUAGCCUGUAUUGUGUAGAUGUGAAAGAACAGACAGGUCAGGUGUCUGUACCAUCAAGCCAGAUAUACAAUCAGGCUUGAGUUGAUAGGAACAAGAAGCACUUCUCUAUGGCCUGUAGGCUGUUCUGAAAUAGUAAUAGCCAAACAUAAACCCUCUACGACCAUGUGUGUGAUAGAAUAUUUACAGAACUCAGCAUUUGGUUAGAACUCUAGUUAGUGAGCUUAUUUACAGAGGAACUUGCUGAAGAUAAAGACUUUUCAAAAUGAAAAGCCACGUUGCACAGUUUUAUUUUGACAGUGUUGAAUCAGAUUUUCAGUGCAAUCUUUCAUCAUUCUUAAGAAUUUAGAUGUUAGAAUAUAUUUUUUGUAAGCCUCAAAUUCAUACAAGCAUGUGCCUAGUUAUAGAUUAUGUCUAACAUGUACCUACUGACUUCAGUACAGUGUGAACAUUGCUCAGUUUCUUAAAUUUCUAAAUCAGGGCCAAAUUUCAAGUUUUAGUAAAGAAGAGGGAAGAAUGACACUGAAGUCUACUGUUUCUGGACGUGUACUAUAGAUGUUUCUCUUCAUCUUGUCAAUUUUAAAUAAAUUUAGAAUCAUAUAGAAUGAAAUAUAUUGAAGCACAUACAAUUAAAAUAACUUCUUACAGUUUUAGGGAUAAGAAAAUCAAUACUGACUCUAAUGCUGGAUGUGUGUUCUAUGUUUGAACUGGGACUUCUCUUGAAAAACUGGUAGUCCCUGACUCUUUCCACUGUUGGUGCAUUUUUGUAAACAGUUUAAGCUGGGAAUAUUUUUUUUAUAUACUCCAGCAGAUUAUACAUUGUUUUGAUAAAGUAUUUGUCAUGUCUGCAUUGAAAUGUAAAUAUUUUAAAACUACAUUUGACUGAGGUUUAUUUUCAAAACCACUUAUUGCUUUCCCAUAAUUUUGCAAUACAGUGUUAAAAUCCUUCAGACAGUUGGUGCUUUAAGUCAGAUCUUUUUUGUCAUGUACACAUUGAAAAUUUUUGUAUCAUUUGUAUCAGACUAACCUAUUCCACAGAACAAACUUUGUUUUGCCUGUUUUGUCAAUAAUAAGGAAAUGACAGUUCUCAUUUUGUAUUCAAAUGGAAUUAUAUUUUUUUAGAUGGGUACACUAGAGGGUUUUUUUUUCACUUCAUAUACUUUGAUGCCAAACCUAACAGUGCUCUUUGCAUUUUCAAUAGUGAGAAUAGUUUCCAUUUUAAAAUUCUGGCAUAUCAUGUACAAUAAAUACUGAAAUGGUUAACAUAAAAAACCCCACAAACUCCUUCAGUCCAGGUUACUGUUUGAAUUAAUUUUGUUUCUGUAGAAGCUACUAAAUAAAUAGUUUUGAAUUUGCUUUGUAAGAGUUGUCACUGGCGAAAUUAAAACAUUGCUUGUGAAAGUUGUACUGGGGAGCGGUGGGGGAGGUGUUGCUGCUCAGCUUUAAAAGCUCUGGGUGGAUUAAGUAUACAAGUAAUGCUUGUCUUCGUCUGUAAGCAAGUUUACUGUUUACUUGAGUAAAAAUCUGCAAAACUUGAUAUGUCACUGCCAUAACCUGCUAUCUGAAUUGUUGAGAUGUGGGGGUUUUAUGGUUCUUAAUUAGGAAUUUUGUUUUGUUUUUUAACAUGGAAGUCUUUUGUAAGUUAAAUUGUAUUGUGGCUAUGAAAUUCUUAAAGCAGGUUACAUCAUGUUUCUUUUUCUUUUUAUGAGCUCUGCUAAACUCUACUUUUAGCAGCUUCUGUUUUGUUAAUUUUAUUCUUAUUAGAAAAUGUUAUGUCAGAGUAAUUUCCUUUGAUUUUAACAGGUUCAUCAGCUUGAGAGAAAUAAUUACAGUGAAUGUUCUCUUGCAUUUUGAUGCAGAAUCGAGAAAUAAAAAUGUGUCAAAAAAAUAACAACCUAAAUUUUUUUAGAGCUGGUUUGUGCCACCUACUACGUCAUAAAUUGGGUUGGAAUGUUGUGGUUUUGGGCCUGAGUGUUUUUAUUCUUGUUCCUAUUCUUAAGGAUAAAGUAACUGAGGUUACUUUUUUGUAUAUUCCAAUUACCUAGCCAAACUUUCUGAGUGUGCUUAGAAAGGAAGACUAUGGAUGCUAUGCAGAAAAAAAAUCUGAAGUUUGCCUUUCAUAUACAUAUGGAAUUUAGUUAGGGCUUCCAAAACUCAGAUUGUAGGAAUAAGUAUUACGCUAUUUUUUUGCUGGAAAAAAAUCACAUUCUCAUGUUCUUUGAUACACACUGGAGCAUGUUUUCUUGCUGAGUUUGAAGCACAUCUACUGUUCCUAUUGAUUUUUAUCUCUAUAUUUGCACAUAGUAUGAAUCCAAAGUGACUGCGUAAUUGUUCUACUUAUGUAAGUGUUUGAAGGCUCAGGGAUGGAAUACAAGUAUCUGCUACGCAAGUUAAAGAGUAAGUGUUAGCUGUAAUUAUGUAAAUUCUAUUACUUAACCAUCUUUAUAAUCUGCUCCAAUACCUAUGAGCAGCAGCUAACACUCGCUGCCUUCAGUGCUGGCUGAGCACAGCUUGUUGUUGAGCAAACAUACGCACACCACAUGAAAUUGUUAGACAGUGAGAGCUCUGGCAUGUAGCAUUUCAUGUGUAUUUUUAAAAAUAAGAAUAUUUUUUUUUAUAUGACUGUGAUAUGCUUUAUUAGCUUUUGCUACUUAGUGGAGUUUCCAUGACAUUUAAAUGAGCAAGGGUGAGUUUGGUUUCCAUCUUACGGUAGAAGGUAAAGUGCAAGAUAAGCAAAUUGGUCCAUCGUUGUCAGGAUACCAGGAGUUGGUUUCAGCACUUCUCUGUGAAUUAAUACGUUGACAUACACUUUACCUGUAUCCUCAAAGUUAGAUUGCAACAAUCCAAAAAUGGAGUAGAUCUGUAGAAUGCUACGUAUUAUGGGGAGCUCCUCGCUCAAAAGGCUAAUCUGAUUUUUGAGACAUUUAAAUAACUGUUCUGUUUACAUCUGUACAAAUGAAUCUGCGAUGUUAAGGCAGAAAACAUCUGCGUGACUUGAAUGGAUGUGUGAGGUAGCAUUGUUCUCUGUGAGUUCCUGACUGAUCCUUUCCGUCAAUGAGUUUUAUGGGAACAUGUUUGUAGAAUUCAAUGAUCUCUUCCACAGAAUUAAAUUUCUGGGGGGGGGAAAAAAUAGUAAUCAGUGACUGAAAAUACAAUUGCUGUAUGGUUUAAUCUAUAAUAUUAAAAGACUGUUAAUUGACAGUAUUAAAAAUAGGUAGUAUUUUGCAUAGAAUUAUGAUUAGAUGGAAGUGAUUAUAAAAGGAAAAGUACCAUAUUUUGAUCCUCUUAUUUCCUUUGUGUGUCUCUGUCUUGUGUAGGAGAAAGUAGCUGGCUGCUUAGGGCAAAAAGGGAGCAUAUCUAAGCUCUGAUAAUGCAAUAUCACCUAUAAAAGUUUGUGAUGCCAGGUGUGAUGACAGAUGUUGAAAUGACAAAAUAACUAUAAAUCAUCACUAAUUUUUGCUGGCAAAAGUUGCACUUAAUUAGCAGUACAUAAUACUUUACGCUGCAAGUUUCAUUAUUAAAUGUAACCUUUUCCCCCCCAUUCAGUUUCUUGAGAAAGUUGCUGUAAAAGUGUGGAACAAGGAGCAUCCCAGCAGAGUAGUAGUCUUGUUCUCUUGUGCUCAAAACAAAGACAACCUCCAAGCACAUUACUAAAGUGAUAAAGGUGUGGUUUAAGAUUGCUGACUUGAUUAAACAGCAACAAAAAGCUAUCCAAGGUGUCUAUUCUCAUCUGUCCUAGUGAAGGCAUCUUAAUCCUCCCAAUCCACUGGUUAGCAGUCCUUCAGUUUAAGUAGUUCUCUUCCCUAUGUGUAACUUCUAAGCUCUCAUCACACCACGAAGCUCUCACCAUAUUACUGUUUUUCCUCUUGGUCUAUUCCUUGGACUCAUUGGUAUUAAAUCACUAGAACUGCACACAGUAAUGCAAGCUUACUUUGACAUUAAUACUUAUCAUGUAUUUAUGUAACAUUUACUGUGAGUGUGAACCUUCAUUGUACACCUGGUGGUAUCUUGUCAUAGCUUCUCUCAUCCCCACCUGUUUCACACCUAGAUUAUAACAGCAGAAUCUGAUUAAAUAUGUGAUUUGGUGAAACUGUUUCUGUAUUAAGAUGAAAGCCAUUGUGCUAAUUUUUUUAGGGUUUUUUUGAUAAUUUUUACUUGUAUGCAUUUGUUCUACUUUGCUGUCUUGUCUUUGUUUAUGUUCAAAGUCCCUGUUGCUACUGAAAAUCCAGGCAAAAACUGUGGUUUGUAUUUCAUACCAUAACAAAGUAACCCUUACUUUUUUUAUUCUAAACAUUUUGUGAGCACCAAUUCUUUUCCUGCUUUCUAAUGCUUUUUCGUUGGUUGGGAGGUUAAAAAGUCUUACUGUAAUUGUUCACCUGCUUUGGAAAUUUAACUAGGCUAAUGUCACAUUAUUCAUUGCUGUACCUUUAAGCUGUAGUUCUUUGGUAAUGAGGAAAAAUGUUUCAGAUGUUACUUAGGUAUUUUUUUCUAUUUUAUUUCAUGCUCUACUCUUAUUUGAAUUAAUGAAUUUUAAUAUAUUAAGCUCUGAGUUUCUUUAUGUCUGCUAGAACAUGAAGUUGACUUAGACACUAUAGUGAUGAGGUCUAGAAUUUUAUGUCCUCAGAUCUUUUAAUGGAACUCCCCCCCCACUUCGUUAGGUGUAAAGACACCUAAAGACAUAGAGAUGAAGAAAACUCAGUACUUGAUUUGUUUCCCUUCACUGUGUGAAGAAACUCAAGCAAUCUCUACUGUCAUAGGAAUGUCUAUCUGCUGGUCUCCAGACUGUUCUGGAGAGAUGGGAAUAGGGUCUCAAGGAUUGCUCAUGAAAGAUAUAGUUUUGAAUUGUGUUAGGGUGGUGGCAGGACUCUGGGCUCUGUCACACAGCCUGAAUGAGACUGUUCAUCCUUGAGCUGUCAUUUAAGCUGUGGACAAGAUGUUUACCUUGUAAAUAUCUUUCUCAUUUGGAAGUAUUGGCUGUUUGCUGUGCUUGUUCUCCUGGCAGUAACUUUUGACAUAACACUGUCAGUGGAAGGCAUCAUGGAAGUGCUCCCUAAUCUACUCAGAUGAGGCAGGCCAGUUUGAUGGCUGGUGAAGGUAGGUGGAACUAAUACAUUUGACUCACAUAGAAAUAAACUGACUGAAAUGAUGUAGCUGGUAUGACUGAUAGUUUGGAGAUGAAAGUUAGCUGCAAAUGGAGUGGUGAGAAUGGAGAAAAUAUCUCUGGCCAGAACAGGGAGAUCCAGAGAUCUACAGCAGGCCAUCACUAAGCUUCUUUGUAAAAUAGGCAUGGAGUUGAAGAGAAGCCUACUUCUGCCUUUGAUUUUUAGUUACUGAAUUGGGAGUUGAGCCUGGUGCUGCAGACACGCUAAACCCCUGUAUUUUGUGUGCAGCAGAUCUAGUUUUGCAAAGGAGAUAAGAAAUAUAUUUAAAUUUUGUGUCAUUAUCAUCUUUAUAUGUGAUCAAGGUUUGUAUUUUUUCAUCUUCAAAAGAGUUGUGCACAUGAAAAGAGGCAGUAGUACAGGAUCUCUGAGUCUUUACUAGUGAAACUGUCUGGCAUAGAGAAAGGCAAUAUCCAAGUAAAUGGUGCUCAGGACAGCUAUUUUGAAUGUAAAUGCCUAAAUUCUAUGUAUGCCUCCUUUGGGGAUCUGAUCUUUAUAGCUUUAUAUGAUUUGGCCUUUAGUAAGCUCAGUAUAAUAUAUUAAAUAUGUAUUUAGGUGUGAACAUCUGUGGCUAAAUUGCUAGCAAAAGAUGUACCUUCACCAAGAGAGUUAGUGGUGGAUUGUUCCCCCCACCAUCCCUACUUGUAUUCAUUAUAUUAGAAUUUGAUACUAAUUUAGCUGCGUGGAACUUCAGUUACUUCAAACAUAAAAAUCUGAUCAUCAACCCCUCUUCCCCCCUCUUCAAGGCCUUAUAGGGCUACAUCAGAGCUAAUGAUAGAAGUACUCAUGAGAGUUGAAUUAAAUAAGUUUUAAAAGUAAUUGUUAAUUGAAAAUCUUAUUCGAUGAUACAAUGCGUUAACAACUUGUAAACUGUAUGUGAAAAAUCAAAAGUUGCAGUAGUAUAGGGAAAACUUUGAACAAUUAUAUUUACAUAUAAAAAAAGCAUCUUUUUAAUGGAUGAAAGUAGACUAAUUUGAAAGUGAAAACACACUGCAGAAAAUCUAUUAAGACUGAACCUCUGAACAAAAUCACCAACUGGGGAGAAAUGUAGUAGGUCUGCACCUGUUUGCUGGUGUUCAGAUUUCUUUCUCUUUGGCAGGUGAAGAGGGAAUAUUCAGCUAAUCUAGAUAGAGCAGCUGGUCUGGCUGCACUGUGCUGUGCAAAAUGUGGUGUAACAAAGGGUAUCCCUGCUGAGGGACAAUGCAGAGUGCUCUGGAAAGCAUUUUAACAGGCACUGGAAAAUUACAGGCAGCAAUUUGCUGUAAUUCACCGCCCUACAAAGUGUUUUCACCCUCCUGAGAAAAGAACCUCAGACGAGCUGCAGAAGUUGAGAUGAGAGUUUUCAAGAAAGAGCAUUUUUAGGGAAUCCCUUGAGACUGCCUGAAAUGGAAGAAGCUCUUCUGAGCAAUGUUGGUGCCACUGAUUGUUCAUUACUGCCCAUGUGCCUUGUACCCAGUUCUGUUUUCACGUCUUGCUGCUGAGCAUAAUACACAGGAGUAGGAGAUUGCCAUGUCUGUCAUUCUUUGGUACAACACUUAAUUAACUGACUAGCAACACGAUUCUGGAAUUUUUCUGUUGUACUUGAAGUACAGGAGGAUUUCUGAGUUAAAGAGAAACAGUACUUAAAAAAGAAGGCCUAAGGUAAGGUGCCGUGAUUAUGGAUUUGACCUGGUAGAGCCAAGUCUUGAUUGUUAGCUAGGUGCUUGGAAUCCUUAUUCUGCAAUUUUUACUUUCCAAUUUGACUGUUUUCAUUCCAGACCCACUCUUAAGAUAUGUUCUGUCUGUGCAGAAGUUGGAACAAACAACAGACAUAUAUUUUGGUAUUUCCUGAGAUGGGAGGGAUUGUGUUCUCCUUCCUUUUAGUUCAGUAAAAAUUGUUCAUGUACUGUUCAAGUAAUUUUCUAGUUGCUUUAAUUGUUAAAGCUGUUAACAUGAUGAAAAUUUAGCUUUAUGUCUUUAUUCUGUAGUCUACCAUACACAUACUACCUUAUGCUGCAGUGUGCCAUAUUUCAGUUGUUUCUGAUCUGAGCCAGGAAGAUUAAACAAUAUAAGAACCAUGGAAAACUAAACUUGCUUUCUCCUAAAUCAUACUUAAACUCCAGGAAAUCUUCUGUGAGGUACAGUUCAGAAAUGCAGUCAGUCCUUUACAGAAGACUGAUGGUCACUACAGCAGCACCAGGACAAUGGUACCUGCAGUACAAUUCUCGAUUUGUGCUACAGUUCAGCUUCCCAAAGUGUUUAAAUGUGCUUGAAUAAUGAAGGAUUUUCUCUCGCCCCUCAUCAUUAAACCAAUGUUCCUGAAGAACAACCUGCCAGUAAACCUUGUCCCUCUUGUGAAAGCUCAUAAAUCCUAUCCCAUGUUUUCUAAUAAGAAUUCUAAUAUAAAUUCUAAACCUGUCAAAUGGUUGAAGUUGGCUUCGGUCACUUGUGACUUCAGGUUUUUUUAAGUCUCUCUAUGCAAAAGGUAAGUUUUGAGAAGUAUUGAUGUGCAUGGAAAGGGCAUAAUUGAAGAUUUAGCUACAGAGGCUUUGCUGCUUAACCUGAGUUAGAUUUGUUAGUCAUUUACAUAGCUGAUAACACAUAGGAGGUUGUUGCUUUGUUUUUUUGCUCUGCAGCUGAGCAUUCUUGAAGUUUUAGGAUUUUUUUUUUUUUGCACAUAUCACAUUUUUAUAGAGAUGACUUUCAGGUUUAAUGUUUUAUUUUUUCUUUUGUUAAAGAAAAGCAGAUACAGUGUUACUUAACAAUAUAGGUGGAAUAGGAAUUAGACUCCUAUCAUGACUAUAAUUGAAUUAUGUGAAAAAGCAUUGCUAAUCUAAAGGGAUUUUCUAAUUGAAAUUUAACAAUGUCUGAAAGACUGAUUGCUGGGGACCCACAUGAUUUAAUUGCUUCUGAAUAUCCAUGACAACUGUUGUCCCAUUGCCUCAUUAAAAAAAAAAAUUCUCCUUUUGCUGUAUGAGGCACAGACAACAAGAGACGUUAAACAGCAAAAGCAGCACCAGGCCCUGCUGUCAGAUAUGUGAAGUUGUAUGUAUUUGAAAAUGUUUGCUUAUAUUAUCACAAGUUUAAAAAUGUGCUAAAAUAAUAUGUAUACUUGAAAAGAUAGAACUUUUCUUUCCCUUUUACUUUGCAGGUGUUACUUACAGUAGAUAGAAGUAUUGUAAGUACUUAGGAAAGUUUUACAUUGAUGUAAAUCUGAAUUUGAGUAUGGUAUGUAAAAUUUGGUUUUAAAUUAUUAUGUAAGCUGCUUGAAAAUUUGAGACAUUUGAAAUGAGAGUAUUGUAAAAGAAGCUAAUGAAACAGCAAGUUCAUUAUGUGGGAGAGUUUGUAACUAAUAUUUAGUGUUAAGAACUUGUGAAGUGCAACAUAAAAGCUAUAGACUGUAACAGCAGAUGGGAUUUUACUUACACCAUCUCCUCUGAGACCUGUUCCCAGUGCAUAUUGUUGGCUUUCUUCCAGAAAACGUACUUUAAUGUUGUAUACUCUUCUUCCAUAAUAAACAACCAAAACAUA